AUGGAUAAGGACAUCCAGGUGUGGAAGCAAGUGUUCCAGGAGUUAAUUCAAGAGGUGAAGCCAUGGCACAAGUGGACGCUCACACUAGACAAGGGACUCCUGCCUAAUGAUCUGAAGCCAGGCUGGUUACAAUACCAACGGAAGACCUUCGCCAGGUUCCAGUGUUCCUCCUGUUCUCGCAGUUGGGCUUCUGCCAACAUCCUGGUCCUUUUCCACAUGCACUGGUGUAGGAAGAAGCUCAGGGGCCUGGUGAAGAUGAGGGUCUUCGCCCAGAGAUGCAAGAAAUGCCGGCAGCCCCCUUUUGAGGUUCCCGAGUUUACCAAGGACAACAUCACUAGGGUCCUGAACAACCUGGUGUUCAAAAUUCUGAAGAAGUGCUAUAGGGAAGGAUUUAAGCAAGCGGAGGAGAUUCCUGCCAUCAGGGAUGUCUGUCUUGAAGGGCCACACGACAGUCACAACUGUGAGGCAUGUCUGCAGGGCCUUUGUGUUCAGAUUGGGUCAGGCCCGCCCUCAAAGUUACCACCGUCCCCAUUAGCACCCACCCCCCCGGAGCCUGAGGAGGACCCUAAGGUCACUGGUACUUGUACCAACCCCCCACGCUCACCUCCACCUCCUAAUAAAGUGGACAAGGCCCAAGCAUCAACAGUGAAACCCAAAGCCCGCAGCCCUUCCAAGGCUGACCCCCGCAUUACAACUCAGUACCGCAUCUCAAAGCCAAUGACUGCUCCAACACUGGCGAGCCACCAGCUGCCACCAAGAAGCUCAAAUACCUGGCAGCCGCCACCAAUCAGCUCCUGCUCACGCACCUCGAAGCUGACACCACAGUACAGAAAUAAAGGCGGCCAGCAGCAGCGGCAGGCUGAAGUCAGGCAGGAUGUCACCUUCAUCGUCUCCCUCCGCCUAUGCUGCGCCCACUGCCUGGAACCCACCAGCACACAGCAUUUACCGGGUGGAAAGAAGUACUGGGGUGUACCAGGGGAGUGA